AUGUAUGAAGCAAUCAUUACUCCUAAAUUAAUUACAGUUCAUCCAAACUUAUUCAUUGUCAAAAGUCAAAAGGAAAUACAAAGCUUGGAACAGUCAUUUGCAGAACUUAAUUUAUUUACCGAUGAUAAUACCAGAAGUGAUGCAAUUUGGAGUUUUAUCAAAAAUCUACAGGACAGACCAUAUGAAACCACACUGAGUGCAUUUAGUAAAGUGACUGAUGCAUUUUCGUAUAAGCCACAAUUUACAGAAGUUAACAAUGGCACAGAUAUAUUGAAUAAAAGUUUUGCAUCUGAAGAAUUCCCACAAUUUUCAUACUCGAUUUCUCCUGAUGAUUUUGAACUCUCUUCAAAAGAAUCACUUUUACCGCCCAGAACUCUUCCACUUAGAUCUUCUCCUUUAAAUGUUGAAAAAUGGAGUGCAUACAUUGAUGAUUCAGGUCGAAUUCAAGAUUUGAACGCAGUUAAAGAUAUUAUUUUUCAUGGAGGAAUUUCUUGGGAUUUGAAAUCUGAAGUUUGGAAAUUUUUACUCGGCUAUUAUCCUUGGGAUUCGACAUUUUGCGAAAGAGAAGUUAUUAGAGAAGAAAAAAAAAAUUAUUAUUUUACAAUGAAAGCACAAUGGAAGACCAAGACUUUAGAACAAGAAAAUAAUUUUUUUGAUUAUAAAGAAAGAAAAAGUUUGAUAGAAAAAGAUGUGUGUAGGACGGAUAGAAAUUUGGAAUUUUUCGCCGGAAACGAUAAUCCCAAUAUAGUGACGUUAAAGGAAAUUUUAAUGACUUAUGUUAUGUAUAAUUUUGAUUUGGGUUACGUUCAAGGUAUGAGUGAUUUACUGUCUCCACUCCUCAUGCAAUUGAAAGAUGAGGUGGACACUUUUUGGUGUUUUGUCGGUUUUAUGAAUAAAGUGUAUCGUAAUUUUGACAUAAAUCAAGCCGAAAUGAAAGAACAAUUGUGUCAGAUACAUUGCUUAUUACGUGUUAUCGAACCUGAGCUGGCCAAUUAUUUGGAACGUCACGAAUCAGGAAACAUGUAUUUCUGUUUUCGAUGGGUGCUUAUUUGGUUUAAAAGAGAAUUUAAUCAUGAUCAAUUAUUUACUCUAUGGGAAGCACUUUGGACUGAUUGGCCUUGCAAAAAUUUUCACUUACUUGUGAGUGCAGCCAUCUUGGACACAGAAAAAGAUAGAAUCAUUUCAAAUAAUUAUGGUUUUACUGAAAUUUUAAAGCACAUUAAUGAAUUAGCAAAUAAUAUAGAUUCUGAUAUGAUUUUAAGAAAAGCAGAAGGGAUUUAUUUUCAAUUAUCUACAGCUUCUAAAAUUCCUUCAGCCGUGAGAGAAAUUAUCGGAUUACCCCCAUUGCCACAAUUAGAUUCAGAUGAAGUUGUAUCUGUAAAAUCAGAUUCUAAUAAGGAGUCUAUAAUAGAAAAUGAGAAAAAUGCUGCUACCACUUACAGUCCUUUUGAAAACAAUGAAAUAGCUUUUGAUAAUUCAUUAAGUUUACAGUAUCUUUGA